GCAGAGGCUGCGAGCCGGGCGGGAAGGGGGUGUGUGCGGGCGGCAGGCGGGGUGCGAGCGCGGCGGGAGAGGCAGCCCCGGCGAGGGCAGCCCCGCGGAGCCCGCCAGCCUCCGCAGCCGGGUGGAGUUCAUUUCUUUUGUUCUUGGGAGCUGAAUAGGAGAAAGGGACAUUUCAGCUUUUCUUGAUAAAGAUUACACCAUUUUACUUAAACUGCGAGACUAAUAUUUCUUGAAAGUUAAGAGUUCUGCAGCCAAUUUUCUAGACAACAUGCCCUUGCGAAGUUCUGGCAAGUUGAACAUGGAGACCAGAAAAGAAGAUGGAGAGAGCACAGCACCUGCCCCUCCGCAGAAGAAGCUGUCUUGUCAGUGCCACCAUCACUGUCCUGAGGACUCAGUCAACAGCACCUGCAGCACUGAUGGCUACUGCUUCACCAUAAUAGAAGAAGAUGAGUCCGGUGGACAUUUAGUCACCAAGGGAUGUCUUGGAUUAGAGGGCUCGGACUUCCAGUGUCGGGACACUCCUAUUCCACACCAAAGAAGAUCUAUUGAAUGUUGCACAGGCCAAGAUUACUGUAACAAACACCUUCACCCUACGCUGCCACCACUGAAAAAUAGAGACUUUGCUGAAGGAAACAUUCACCAUAAGGCCCUGCUGAUCUCAGUGACUGUUUGCAGCAUACUUCUGGUGCUUAUCAUCAUAUUCUGCUACUUCAGAUACAAACGCCAAGAAACGAGGCCCCGCUACAGCAUCGGGCUGGAGCAGGAUGAGACCUACAUUCCCCCUGGAGAGUCCCUGAAGGAUUUGAUCGAGCAGUCCCAGAGCUCAGGGAGCGGCUCCGGGCUCCCUCUCCUGGUUCAAAGGACCAUCGCAAAACAGAUUCAGAUGGUAAAGCAGAUUGGAAAAGGUCGCUAUGGAGAAGUCUGGAUGGGAAAGUGGCGUGGCGAAAAGGUAGCCGUGAAAGUGUUUUUUACCACGGAGGAGGCCAGCUGGUUCAGAGAAACAGAAAUCUACCAGACUGUCCUGAUGAGGCAUGAAAAUAUUCUUGGGUUCAUUGCUGCAGACAUUAAAGGUACAGGAUCUUGGACCCAGCUGUAUCUCAUCACUGACUACCAUGAGAACGGCUCACUUUAUGAUUAUCUAAAAUCUACUACCUUGGACACAAAAGCCAUGUUAAAACUGGCUUACUCCUCCGUUAGUGGCUUGUGCCACCUGCACACUGAGAUCUUCAGUACUCAGGGCAAACCCGCUAUUGCCCACCGUGACCUAAAAAGUAAGAAUAUCCUGGUGAAAAAGAACGGCACCUGCUGUAUAGCAGAUUUGGGCUUGGCUGUUAAGUUUAUCAGUGAUACAAAUGAGGUAGACAUACCUCCAAAUACCCGUGUAGGAACAAAACGCUAUAUGCCUCCUGAGGUGCUGGAUGAAAGCUUGAAUAGAAAUCACUUUCAGUCGUACAUCAUGGCUGAUAUGUACAGUUUUGGACUCAUCCUUUGGGAGAUAGCAAGGAGAUGUGUUUCAGGAGGAAUAGUUGAAGAAUACCAGCUUCCGUACCAUGACCUUGUACCCAGCGACCCCUCGUAUGAGGACAUGCGGGAGAUUGUGUGCAUCAAGAGACUACGCCCUUCAUUUCCCAACAGAUGGAGCAGUGAUGAGUGCUUACGGCAGAUGGGGAAGCUGAUGAUGGAGUGCUGGGCUCACAACCCCGCCUCCCGGCUCACAGCCCUGCGGGUCAAGAAAACACUUGCCAAAAUGUCAGAGUCGCAGGACAUUAAACUCUGACUCGGCCAGAGGCAGUUCUUGUGAAGGCCCAUUAAAACGGACUCUCUCGUGCAGGCAGAAGUCCUGAAGAGGUAUCAAAAGUCUUCGCUAAUAAGUAUCUUGAAUGCAGUCAUGCUUAAGAGCAGCUGUAGGUUCGUUUGACAGCUUUUGAGGAGACUACCCUUUGCAAAAAUCGGCUGAAUUUUGACAUACAAGAUUGGAAGAGGCUUGUCUGCCCUUGUUUACACGGGGAAAUACAGUUUUAGUAACUGGUUUAAGAUUAUGCAUGUUGCUUUCUGUGAAAGCCACUUAUUAUUUUAUUAUUAUUAUUGUUAUUAUUAUUAUUUUGACUGUUUAAAAAGAUACUGCUUUAAAUUUUAUGAAAAUAAAACUUUUGGUUAGAAGUAAAAAAGAUGUAUAUUGUUACAUUGAAAAAAAAUAAUUGGAGGAAACUGUGCUGAAAGUGAAAGCAAAGCGACUUUUUCAUUUAUAAAGAGACUAUUGCACUCCAGCAUUUAAAAAAAGGUCAGUGGGUCUGUGCAGCUCAGAGGAGCUGUAAUGGAAACCGUCUUGAAAGCCGUCUACCUGCGGAGAUGACUUGCCUGCACGUGCAAGCGGUUCUCAUAGUAUAGAGAUGGAGCCCAGUUACAUCCCUGCCAUCGUUAGCACAGCUGGCUGGGUUCCUGUGGGUGACUUGUCCCAGGGGAGGUCGUGCUUUGCUUAAGAUAAUCGGGAGCUGUAUGAGUAUGGUUCGGCAUGACUUGUUUGAAGAAGCUCUUCAUGUUUCCAGGAAAUCUGAUGGGGUAUGGUACCAGGAUGAUAAACAAGUGCCCCUUUUCUCGGCUUUUUUUUUUUUUCCUUUCUUUCCCCCUACUGCAAAAUGAAGUAUUUUGUGUGUGAGUGGAAGUGAAGUACACAUUUGGAUUCGCUGGUGAAUUUGAAACUGCUGUGACCUACAUACACAACCACUGAGUAAGAGGAAUUUCCUUGUGAGAAAAAAAUUAUUCACUUGCUCUUCGAUCUGUGUAAAAGUGAGGUAUCCAUCUACAACCACAGGAAAAAAAAAAAAAAAUCUGUGUUCCCUUUUUUUAGGGAAAGUGAAAAACCUCAAAGAAUCCCCGUUUGUGGGGUGGCAAUCAUUUUUCUUUAAGCGUAAGGAGACCUGGUGCCUCCUGGCCACAGUAGGAAGCCAACAGGGAAGGAGCGUGGGACUUGGGUGGGCGGUGAGAGCUGGGCACGGGGGCCGGCAGUGGGCAGGUGCCUCCAGCCCUUCUCCUGCUGUAGCGAGAGGCACCCCAAACCAAACAAUUUGGCUCAAGCUUCGUUUGCCUUACUCUUUGGAGUGUCCUUCCAGCAGCCUUCAUGCCUCUGGGAGCCACUGCACGGUAGUGACAGGCUCUGCCGCCAAGCUGGGGCUCCGUAGCAUCGUGGUUUCCAGCAAAAGGAGCUUUUAGGGGAGAAGAGAAAUGGGAAACAUAUUUACCAUCUUUCCCCAUUCCUCCUUCCUGGGGCCGCAGCAGUUGCUGCAAUGUUAAAACUACAGAAGGGGAAAUGAGAGGUGAAAUAUUCCCUGUGAAGUAUUUUCUUUGGAAAGGUCUCUGUUCUUCAUCAGGUUAUCAAAGCUGAGCUGUAUGGGAGUUACCGGUUUGCCCUUUUUUACCCUUCUUUUAUUUUUUAAAAAUUUUUGCCUGCCUAUAUCCUGUUUCACUAGGUGGUGUUCAGUUUAAUUUUGAAAUAAGUCCUUACAAAUGCUGCUUUGAUUAUGCUAAGCCUAUUUCAGAACUGAAAUAAUUGCCAUGCUGGAUUUAGCCUCAGCAUUUCUGUAAUGCUUCUUUUUUCCCUUUUUGGACAAAACUGAUUUAUUUGUGGUAGGUAGGUAUAUAAUUGGGGUUUAACUUCACAGCUCCCUGAAGGUGUUUCUAGUUGGAAAAAUUACCAUUUUAUACUUUCAAGCUAACAGAGAAAAAUGCACAGGUUCAAGAGAACCAGCAAGACCUCCAUGAUUGUAGGUGUUAAAAAGUCUAAUCAGAGGAUUUUCAUUAAUUAGAGUGCUUUUUCCACAGUGCAGUUUCCUUGCCUGUACCCAAAAAUACCGAGCAAUACAAAAAGAAAAUCUCUGAGAGGUUAUAGUACACUGAACCCUGGCCCCAAGAGAGGCGAUGCUGGUUUCCUCUGUCCUUAAUAAACAGCGUGCUUGCAUGGCUGAGAGCGGAGUUUGCUCCUCUCUCUGGCUGCCUUGGUUUGAAGAUCUGUGGCCCAAAAUGAGGAGGACAGCCCAGCCUCUCUUCACCUUUUUGUCUUGGUGAACGGAGCCACAGGGUUUCUACUCUAACUCCUUUUGCCUUCAUGCCCUUUCAUAAAAACCAGCACAGCCCCGAGGAACAGGGGUUUCUUGGCUCCGACGAAACGGAUGGGACCGUUGACUUUGGCAGCGGUCAGGGCAGGCUCGGUCAAUCCCAUCUCCGAGCCCGGUCCCUGUGGGUCCCGGGUAAGCGGUCGUGCAGCAGGGGUGCCUCUUCCCUGCCAUGUUUAGGUGUUUUUUCACAUCUGCUUUCCUCAAAUAGAGGGUUUUUUUAAUUUUUUUUUUUUUUUCAAUAUUAUCACGGCUCUCCCCAGAAAUGUUUUGGAGGGUGCUUUGCUGGCUGGUGGACGUGAUGCACACAAUGCCCCUGGCACUUGCUGUCAGUGUGUUACAAGAGAAAGGGCCAGUUGCUGGUUUUCUGAACAAGUCUUAAGUUUUUGGUCCAAAAGAAAGGGAUCUAAGAUACUGAUUGAUAGGUUACAUAAAGUGUGUAUGUUAAAUGUUCAAGUUUAUGUGUUUUAUAUAUAUAUAUAUAAAUAUAUAUAUAUAUAUUCAGUUGAGAGUCUGGAAUAACUCCAGUAUGUGGAUUAAGAGUAAACUAUUAUGGAUGAUAAAGCACUAAAUAAAACAUAAUAUUUAUUUGUGAAAAUGCAUAAAUGACAAAUCACUGCAACGGUGCUAUAUAGGAAAAUAAAUAUAUAUAUAUAUAUGGAGACACACUCUGAGAAAGCAAAGGGUCUGCAGUUGUAUAACUAGUGCCUGCCCAUUUUCUCUGAAGACUCAAAAGGCCAGAUAUUGCCCUCAAUUCUCCUACCCACUGUAAUCGAUGCUAUUGUAAGGGGAUAUUCCUAAAGUCAGAAAACAGCCUAAGGCAAGCGUGGAAGUCGUUUGUUCUAGCACUGUGACAUUCGAGUUACCACUUGCACGGCUGACUUUCUGCAACAUUCAACAUGUAAUUAUUAUGGUUUCGGCAUGUGCAGUGACUGCAGGUUAGUACAUUUAUUUUGCCAGAUGUGGCCUUUUAAUGUCACUUCCAGGUUUUGGUAGUUUCACAGUGCACAUCAAUGAGGGCUUGGAAGUAGGUGAUGAAGAUAAUCGUGGCUUCAGUGCCCGCAGGUCUGAAAAUCCAAUUUUCAAAUGUAAAUCACUAAAGGAAGCUUAGUUUAGUGACUUAUUGGCAUAGGUAAGAUGGCAUAGGUAAGUGGGAGAAGAAGGGGGG